AUGGGAGUCAAACCAAUCUUCUACGUCCCACCAUCAAGGGCGGAGAGAGACAAGGGCUACCAAGCAGGAGGGCCGCUGUCUAAUGGCCCAUCAGCUCGGUUUCAGCUUUUAUUCGUCUCCAUGGUUGGCCAGUUGAUCAAUCCCAAAGAUACCUUGAUCCAAGUCUGUACGCCUAAUUCGACGCCGCGUGAGUUGCAUAACCAUCCAAAGUCCGACGAAAGCCAGAUGGCCCAAUGGAAGCGGACGCUAGACCACGAUCCCUUCUUAUCCAGAGCCGGCGAUCGACCUACAAAGGAGAAUUUCGACAAGACUGUGGUCACGAGAGAAAGUCGGAUCAACAGGCAGGGAUAUUCACUGCAGGAAAUCAUAUCCGAGAGGCCAACUACCGAUCAAGCUGGCCCGGGAACACCGGAUCAUGAUGCGCUCGAGUGCCUGGAACAACCAGAUAGACAUUUCGGCACCAAGAUCUCUGCUUUUGUAGACCUUUCGGUCGCUGGAAUCGAGCGCUCUGGUCGAAUAUUGAUAUCUGCUCACGACUGUCUGUAUCGUGACGAAAAUUGGGUUCUGUUGAUAGCAUUACCGAUGCGGCCUCUCGUUGCCAUCCAGGCAAUCGUCUUUUUCAGCAUCCUGUGGCUACUAUAUCGCUACUAUGAUCACCACUCUCACUUGCCUGCAGUCACCGAAGCGUACUCGGUGACGGAGAUCGCCAUUCCCCAGACCGUCCACCAGCUUCUUCUGUCGAUGCCCGACCAUCCCAUCUCGCACUUUGAACCCAGUGACCACGUGAUUUCGUGGCAGCAAUCGGGCUGGAAAGUCGAGUACUGGAGCGAGGAGGCCUGCCGCGAGCUCGCACGCGAUGUUGACGCGUCAGGAACCCUUGCAGACGCAUUUGAGAAACUUCCCUAUGCCGUGCUCCAGUCGGACUUUUGUCGCUACCUGGUCCUGUUCGGGCGAGGAGGGGUGUACAGCGACCUCGAUGUCCACCUAUUCCAGCCGCUGCCGUGGACUGUUAUGGGAUCUUCCGGAGAGCAGCAUCAUAGUCCUCCAAAUGUGAUUAUUGGCCUGGAAGGAGACGCAACCACACAAGGACUUCCUCGCUCGCCGCAGUUCGUCCAGUGGACUAUGGCAUCGACUCCUCUGCACCCAAUGUUCCGGGAUCUACUUAGUCGGAUUGCGGAGAGGACUCCAAGCUUUGUUGAACAGGUGCAUGCUUUGGAGGGUGAUGCUGAGGUCAACGUUAUGGACUGGACGGGUCCAAGUGUAUGGACGGAUACGAUCCUGGACUACUUGAGCUGCUCGGAGGAGCAAGUACAACAUCUACGGGACUUGAAGGACCCUGUAAGAAUUCGAGACGUUAUGAUCCUGCCCAAAAGAUCCUUUGCGGUCACGCAGGGCGAGGAUCACACUUUACCCGAUGUGCUGGUGAAGCACUAUUUCAGUGGGACGUGGAAGACUUGCAAGAGCCACUGGCCUGGGUGGAUGCUACCAUGGAUUUGUUAA